AUGUCGAGGAAUGCUCAAUUUAUGCAGGCAGAGCAUCCACAAGAAGUACAUCAAAAGGCCAAACUCGCUGAAAAUGAGAGCUCAAUUAAAUACUACGCUGUUUCCGGUCAGUUUACCAAUGCCAUGGCAAUCACUACUAUUCCAGCUCCUUUGAAAGGGAAGGUCGCAAUCAUUACAGGAGGAAGCAAAGGAAUCGGUCGAGAGACUGCCCUCAACUUCGCCCGGAAAGGUUGCAGCCACAUCGCAAUCACCUACGUCCAAGAUAACGCUGCAGCACGGGAGGUUCUCGAGGCGAUUACAGACAUCAGUCCGGAUUGCCGUGCUGUUGCCGACAUUGAUGACCAUGUACCGGCAUCACAGAUGAGCUACGAACAUUUUGAAAAAAUCAUGAUCGGUCAAGCUUGGGCAUCAUUGCAGCUUUUAGUUGAAGCCAUCAAACACAUGUCUGCUGGUGGGCGAAUCAUCAUGAAUUCCUCUGGUUCCAGUAAGAUGGCCAAUGGUGAUCCAUUUAUAAUGCAUUGCUGCAGCAAAGCCGCGAUGGACUCCAUUGCUCGCAACCUGGCUGUCAUCUACGGACCUAGCAUGGGCAUUACCGUCAACUCCAUCGGUUGUGGAUGCACCGAUACGGAGUCCUUGAGAAAGUCAAUCCAAGUCAAUGGGCCCGAAUUCGGAAAGCUUACGGAGAACCUCAGCCCGUUGAAGAGACUUGGGAGGCCAGAGGAGGUCGCCAGUAUCAUAUCUUUCGUGGCAAGUCCAGAGGCGAGCUGGAUCAAUUGUGAGACUCCCUAUUCUUGA